AUGGCUUCCCUACACCCUUCACUUGUCUCUGCUCGUCCCUCCUUCAGAAAUAACAACCCUAAAGCCAUCAAAUUAGUAAGGAUUCCAAACCGUGCCUCCAGAUCAGUGGCAUGCAAAGCCAUAACGGACGAUGAUGACUUCGACUCCAAAAACCCUAAAACCCACCGUCAAGUACUCGCCCCUGACCUUGCCAGAAGAAACCUCCUCUUAGGGUUGGGAGGCCUUUACGGUUCUCUUCACCACAAUGACCCAUUUGCCUUCGCCAACCCGAUCUUGCCGCCGGACGUCGCAGAGUGCGUAUCGCCGGAGCUCCACAAAUGUGCUAAACCAACCAAUUGUUGUCCCCCACCCUCCCGAUACAUAAAAGACUUCGAAUUUCCAGCAACCCGUAAGCUUAAGAUCAGACCAGCAGCCCAUUUAGUUGAUGAACGCUAUAGAGAGAAAUACCGAGAAGCUGUUCGUCGCAUGAAAGCACUCCCACCAGACGAUCCUCGUAACUUCAUGCAACAAGCAAACGUUCACUGUGCUUACUGUGAUGGUGCUUAUCACCAAGUAGGGUUUCCCGAUUUGGACCUUGAAGUCCAUGGUUCUUGGCUCUUCUUUCCCUUCCAUCGUUGGUUCCUCUACUUCUAUGAGAGAAUAUUGUCCAGCUUGAUCGAUGACCCCACUUUCGCUCUGCCAUUUUGGAACUGGGAUGCACCAGCGGGCAUGGUGAUUCCAGAAAUAUACACGGAUCCUCACUCGACACUUUACGACCCUCUCAGAAACGCCGAUCAUCAACCGCCAACACCUGCGGAUUUUAACUUCAGUAGUGGAUGCGAAUGCCAGAGAAGCUGGGAUGAUCAAGUGGAUGCAAAUCUCAAAACAAUGUACAAACAAAUGGUGAGCGGUGCGAAACGUCCUUCCCUAUUCUUUGGUGCGGCUUACAGGGCAGGACAGAGCGAUCCCAAUAAUGGAGAAGGCACCAUAGAGCUCAUUCCUCACAACACGAUGCAUAAUUGGACCGGUGAUAACUGCCAGCCCAACGGUGAGGACAUGGGAAGCUUCUAUUCCGCCGCAAGAGACCCCAUCUUCUAUUCCCAUCAUGCCAAUGUCGAUCGAAUGUGGGAGAUCUGGAAGACUCUGCCGGGCGGAAAAAGACGGGACAUCAGAGACCCAGAUUGGUUGGAAUCUGGGUUCUUAUUCUACGACGAGAACAAGGACCUUGUACGCGUCAAAAUCAAGGAUUGCCUCGACACCGGAAAGCUAGGCUACACGUACAAGGAUGUUGGAAUCCCAUGGAUUGAUGCCAAGCCUACACGUUCCAGGAGCACCUUCUUGAAAAGUCAAGGGAAAAAAUUCGAUGGAGGCAAGGUAAAGUUCCCUCUGGUUUUACGCUCCCCCGUGAGUAUUACUGUGGAAAGAGAGAAGGGAAGGAGUAAGAAGGAGAAGGAAAUGACGGAGGAGGUGUUAGUGAUUGAAGGGAUCGAGUUUUCUGCGAGCGAUUCACCAGUGAAGUUUGAUGUGUAUGUGCACCGCGAAGGUGAAUUCAGCGGGGCCGGUGGGCCCAUGACUACCGAGUUCGCGGGGAGUUUUGUGAGCGUGCCACAUCAUCACAAGAGGCUGACCAUGAAGACUAAUCUGAGACUUGGGAUUACAGAGUUACUGGAGGAUUUAGGUGCCGAUGAUGACAAACGCGUGGGUGUCACUCUUGUGCCCCAGGCUGGGAAGGGACGAAUUACCAUUGAACGUAUCAAGAUUGAGUAUAUAGAUGAAUGAAAUUAAGCGUA